AGGCCAAUAAAAAUUUCACGUGACGGUGUUUUUUCUUUUUCUGUGUCCCAUUUUGAGCCUUUUCUUUGAAGUGUUCAGAUCUAGAUCUAUGAGCUGAAUUCAAAAUGUAUCCCUUAAGCCUUUCUAUUCUAAAAGGCCUAACAGUUUGGCAACAAUCGUGAAGCCCCUGCUCUGGACUUUAUUUUUUUUCAUAGACACAUAUAGAUCUAAACGCUGUUACCGGACAAAAUGUAAUGUGCAGUGAUAGAUCUGGAGUAUUUAAAUACUGGAUGUUACAACAGCUUUACGUUGUGUAAAUAAAUGACACUUAAGGCUUCAUCGUGGAUCAAAACUAAAUUAGAACAAGAAAAAGCGAAAAACAUUUUGUGUUCUUGUUGACCAGAAAAAGAUGACAAUGUUCCUAGUGGAGUUAUGCCUGUUGUGUGAUGAUCAUAAUAUAAAUAGUACAUAAAAUUAAAGCUAAAAGUCUUGUUGGUUUAUUAAAGUUAAACUAUUUCUCAAAACUAAUUGACAUGAAUUUCGUACAUUUUCCUAAGCUGGAUGAGUAUGCUAUUGAUCCAGAGCUCGUGCAGAACUCGCUGGACUUGAACCAAAGUCUUCAUUUACUUCAUGCUAAAUCGUUUUCUUCAAAUAAUAUUUUCCCCAAUGUGUUACUAAAGAGAAGUCGGAGGUUCUCAAAAUAUAGUCGUCAUAAAGAGAAACAACUGCGCGAGUCUGUAGACGCGGGAACUAGGGGUUCGAAUGUACACUUUCCUUUGUCUAAUCUUCGAGGGCUUUCACAAUUCAAAAGUGGGAAGAACAGUCCAAGAGACGCCUCCAGUCCACGUUCCAACUUCUUCAAAAAAUGGGACACUAUUCCACUUUUAAAUACGACAACGGAUUUUUCUACGGCUUCGAACUCCGAACCUUACUUGAAAGAUUUAGAUAACCUUAACACAGCCAGUGAAAAUUCUGAGCUUUUCCCACAAACGAAACUGAGCUCUUCAGUUGGGAGUAUUGGCAAAGGUUCAGCUAAAGAAACAAUAUCCGCGCUACAGACUAGUUGCCAAGGUAACGAUGAACUAAACUUUAAUGCAGAAAUCGCAACAUCGAAACGCCAUAAAAAGUCUCCAAAACUAUUGAAUGUGUUUCAAACAGUAACGCUUUCCAGAAGCAAUUCUUGCCAAAAAGACAAGGACAGAUUUGAUUGGCCAACACAUAAGAUUGUUGAAAAAUUUAGGAAUACAAUUCUAGCAGUUAAAGUUGUCGUAAAAUUGGCCAAAACAAUCAUGAAAACGUCAGACAGUCCCAGUGCAUUGCUAAAAACCUUCACGGCACUUUCAACUGCUCCCAAGGAAAACGAAGAAGAGAAAUCGUCUGAAAAUAUGAAAAAAUAUGGCCUCCAUUUUGAUCCGUCUUACUUUAAAGCCAACAGAGAGAUAUCUUUAAGUAGUGAAGUGAGAAGUAUAUUAAAACUACACCCGGACAGACGAACACAGGAACAAAUACAGACAACAGUGUUUGGCCUUCAAAGUAUACCAUCAUUUGCUGAAUAUCCAUUACACAUGCAAGAAAAACUGGCCAAAGUGGCUUGGUUAGACAUAGUAACACCAAAUCGAACUAUAAUCAGACAAGGUCAUUUCGCAGAAAACUUUUACUUCAUAGUUUCUGGCCAAGCCUUAGUGACUAUCCACAGACCAGGAGACGCCUCUGCUCAAACAGCGGCUUUAAUGAGAAAGGGAACAAGUUUUGGCGAGCUGGCACUCUUACAUCACUCACGAAGGACAGCAACUGUGACAAGUCAUGACACGGUACAACUCUUGUCAGUUGGCAGAGAUGAUUUUUUCGAUAUUUUUAUGUCCAGACAUAUUAAAGGAGAGAUUCCAGAGCACAUCAAAUUUCUAAGUCAACUAGAUUUUAUGAAAGACUGGCCCAUUGAAAGACUUCUGGAAAGACCUGAUCAAUGCCUGUUACACUUUUUCAAACGUAACAUGGUGAUAGUGAAAGACAGUCAUAGAUCAGACUGGUUGUAUGUGGUCAAGUCCGGAUCUUGUCAAGUAUUGAAACAGCUGAAAGGGGUCACUGCAAAACUGGGUCCAUCUCGAAGUCCACGGCAGAGUCAAACAGACAGGCUGUCGCGUCCGCGAGGGUCUCUCUUUGAAGGCAAUGAUAAUGAUGAGAAAAGGUCUUCAAAACAGGACAAUAGAUUGCAGACCACGGAGUCAGAUUAUAACAAUGACUUGGAAAAGGUUGCAUCAAGUGCUGUGCUUGAUUCAGCAGUUUCCAAAAGUAAGACAAGAGACGACCCAGUGUUUGUCAGAAUUGAACUGUUGAAACCAAUGGACGUCUUUGGUCUGGACUUGGUCAAUUUUAACAGCGGUGUUGAGGUUGAAUCCACAAGUGUUAGUUUGGUGAGUCUAGGAUCAGAGUGUAUUAUGUUGUCCAAACAUUUCUUUAUGAAACAUGCUAAUGACAAGGUCAAGAAACGAUUAUCGGAGACUGUCACUCCAUAUCCCAAUGAAGCCACACUGCAAGAUAGUUUACAGCAUAAAGUGAACUGGGAACUUUACAAGCAGUCUAUUCUGAAUGCAGCUUUUACAAAAUGUAAACUUUUGAAAAGAAAAUUUCUUGCUGUGCAUUAAUAAAAAUUGCCAUUGGACAAA